UUUUUUUUUUUACUUUUUUUUUUUUUUUUUUUUUUGGCAAAGCAUCGGGCCAUCAUUAACGUCAUGAAGGAAAGGAGAAAUACACAGCCGCUGGUGGUGAGAUGUAAACUGGUUCUUGUGGGAGAUGUUCAAUGCGGAAAAACGGCGAUGUUGCAAGUCCUGGCAAAGGACUGUUAUCCAGAGACCUACGUGCCCACGGUAUUUGAAAACUACACAGCCUGUCUGGAGCUGGAGGAGCAGCGUGUGGAGCUCAGUCUGUGGGACACCUCAGGUUCUCCUUACUACGAUAACGUGAGGCCCCUGUGCUACAGUGACUCAGAUGCAGUUCUGUUGUGUUUUGACAUAAGCCGCCCAGACACUGUGGACAGCGGCCUGAAGAAGUGGAAGACUGAGAUCCUGGACUUCUGUCCCAGCACGCGCAUCCUGCUCAUUGGCUGUAAGACCGACCUGCGCACAGAUGUGUGCACGCUGAUGGAGCUGUCCAAUCAGAAACAGACGCCCAUCACCCACGAGCAGGGUUCUGCUAUGGCCAAGCAGCUGGGUGCAGAAGCGUACUUGGAGUGCUCAGCGUUCACCUCUGAGAAGAGCAUCCACAGUGUUUUCCGUACCGCUGCGUUGGCCUGCAUUAACAAGCUGCAGCCUCUCCCGAAGCCCAGCCCCACCCGCCGUCUCUCCAAAAGACUCCUCCACCUGCCCAGCAAGUCAGAUUUGCUCUCUUCCACCUUCAAGAAGGAGAAGGCCAAGAGCUGCUCGGUCAUGUGAGUGGAGACCUCUUGGGUUACAGUCCUCACAUGCGACUCCCAGCCCCCCGCCUCUUUGGUCUCGGGGAAGGGGGGGUGGGCACGAUGGCUUUAUCAGAGAAGGGCUCCCUGCUGAAUCCUUCCCUCACCCCCCCGGAAACCAAACACCCCUCAGAAGAGGUGGACACCUCACUGUCCACUUGCUCCUGAACUUUUCAGCGCACAUCCAUCUUUUUCACUACUGUUUAUCUUGCUUUUGAACAAACAAUAUCAAUCAAGGUUUGAUCAUCAAGCUGUCAUUUUUUUAAUCACCCGUAAACAGUAUGCAACUACAAUGGUGUAACAUCCACCCAAUUUACUAUUUCUAGGCACAUGUUGAUUUUGUCCAAAUUGGAAAUGUGCUACGUGUGAUGUUUAAUCUUGUGAUGUAAAUGCCUCUCAGACGAUUCAAUGGAUAUUUUUCUAAAUACAAAAAUAAAUCUAGCAUGAAACUACCAGGCAUUAGCAAAAUCCUGUAGGUCCCUCUUAGUAAGAUCUGUGAGGUGCGAAAUAGCCUAUCGCUGGUGUUCCCAUUUAGGCCUGUGAGGGCACAGAGGUGUGGAGGGAGUAGUGGGACAAACCACAGUGAGAGCUAUUACAUAGAGAGCUAUUCCUUGUCUCAGUGUAUCAGUGGUGAUGAGAACAGGGAUACGGGCAUAAGUGCUGUUAGCGUGGGCUGCUGUGCAGACAGCAGUCUAGACUGUGUCAACCUGGAUGGAUGGUUGAUGCAAAGUUGUGUAGCUCUGGACAGCCCUGCUCCAUAGCCUCUCAGGGGAGAGGAUGGAGAGAUGGAGGAGGCUGAUGAGGUUCUGUAUUUACAAAAUGAAAAAUUAGGACAUGCGAAGAAAAUAACAAUAAAGUAAAGGGAGUUUCAGUGGGGCUUCCAGUGUAGCUGGUGUCACAGCCGGACCCUGUUUUAACAUAAUGCUUUGAGGAAGAGACGGAUGAGAAAAGCUGCUUUUGUUGUGACCGGGAGCAUGUUCACAAACGGUUCGAUACCGAGCUGUCGAGUGCUGAGUAUGAAGGUUUGGCUGGUUUCUGAUGCCAGUCAAAGUUUCAUGAGGCGUACUCAAAGGACUCCUGUAAGCAUGGAUUAUGCCUCAGUGCUGGGCCGAUCACAAAUGGGAAAAUCUGGUUUCCGGUUUCAAAUAUUCCUCAGAAAAGAGUUGUAGCAUUGCAUUGUUGACACUUUUUCAGCAAUGCUCAAGUGGUAUGCAGUUUUGAAAAUUGCCUUUCUUAUCAUGUUCCCAAAACUCAUUCAGUUAUUAUUACUAUUAUUCUUACUGUUAUUAUCAUUAUUAUUAUUAUUAAUGACAAAUGUGCUUGUGGAUUUUUCUUGUUUUCAACAAUCCAAUGUAGCACUCCCAACCUCUGACUCUACUCUUCCAAAACAAAAAAGUUUUUGUGUUGUACACUCUUGUUAUUACGUAAUCUAUUGACCUCCAAUAAGCAGCACUUAGGUUACAACAAAUAUGGAGGAAAAUUUGACCCUUCUCUGAGCUUAAAUCUUUGGCUUCAUGGUUAUGUGUGUGUACAGCAUUGGUCUCUAUGCUUCUAACCAUAAAGCAAUAAUGAUUUAAGUGCUUGUGAUGCAAAGUAACCUGUGUGGCAAUAAAAACGCAGCUUUGUGAUUAAUGUCAUGCUCUAGCGCUCCAUGGACAUCCAUGCUAUGGCAAAUGAACUGAAACCAUCUCCGCUGUACAAAGAAGCUGCCGAUCUGUGUUUGCCCCUCCUCCUCCCCGUCAGUAGCCACCGGUAUGUAGAAUAAUCAAUGACAAUGUCGUGCUAUGAAAUAGAUCAGAGUCUGUGGAUAAGGGUGAACAAUGCAGUUUGAUUUAAAGACGCUAGACUUUGCUAUCAAUUUUACAUAAUUUAAAAAAAAAAUGUUGAAGCAUUAAAACUUCGAUAAAUUCAUCUAAAUCACUUGAACUGAGCGGACAGUGCAGUAUAUGCUUUUCACAUUGGGAAUCUACUUGGAAACCUCCAAAAGUCCAACAAUUGUCUUGUAAAAAGGGCUAGAGUGAGGAGGAAAAAAAAGGAAAUCAUGCGGGACUACGUAGAACAAGUAGUCAAAUUGCACAGGCUGGCCCUGUCCAAAGAAAGCUAUUUUUCCAUUACUCGUUUCUCGGUUGACUUGUGAUUUUUCUUUGGUAUUUAAAAGCUUGACAUGAGUCUCAGUGUUGUUUUAGGUGUAUCUCCCUCAGAUGGUCGUAGUGUCUUUGUGGAGCUGUGGACUGCCCCCAGUAGUCGGAGGAACUUAAGUGCUGAUUUGCACAAAGGCUUCCAGUUCAUGGUCACACACCAAAUUCCUCAGCAUUGCCUAGCAACAAUUCAGCGUAGGAAACAGCGGCUGGCUCUUGGGUUGGUUGUGCGGUUAGAGAGGGCUGGCUCACAAGCAGACAUACCCACUUCCAUUAUGGCUUCAGUUAUGCCUUUAUUGCCAAGCUUGUUAAGGAAAAAAAAAAAAAAAAA